UGCAGAAAUACACCACUCAUUCAGAAACAACCAAUCAGAGCCAUAAGGAGGGUCUUAGCGCUGUCAAUCACUCUUGUGCUCAUCUUGUCCCACUAGCUCUCUGCUUACAAUUUAACAAAGAGUUCAACUUUGCUAGAUCUUUUUGAUGAGCAAUGACAACAUAACCUGCUACAAAUGCUAAGGGUAGUUAGCAUAACCACUGAUGACGGAGGAUAAACCAGUUUUCCCGUAUGUGUACAUUGUUUCUCAACCACUAGCAUAUUUAGCAGCAUACAGAAGGUUGAUUGACAGUGCUAAUUCCCGCCUCCUGGCUGUUAUUGGUUGUUUGGCAGACUUCAACCAUAGCUCAGUUAGGAAAUGGAGAAAAUUGAUAUUUUAUUUUUUGUCUGAGGUUAUCAUAUUGUCAGACAUGGUGACAGUUUGAAUAAAUAUGGGGGGGAAAAAACAUUUUUAUAAAAGUUACACUCUGCAGCUUUAAGUGUGGAAGUCCAAGCCACUUUUCACAGUGGAAUUAUUCAUUCUGACUCGGUUAAGGAGGUGAUAUUUCUUCUCUCAGAGUCCCGGCAGCCCAGUCCAUCCCUCCACCAUUAACCACCUCUAGCUGCCUGCAUUCAUCCAGUCGAUAACAGGAUCUCUCCAUGUGCGUCCCUCUGUCUCCGCUGCGAAAACCGUCCCAUCCAUCAUUUUCUGACCAAACGCAUUACACGCAGGGUUCUGCUGAAAAGGCAGAUUCUGUUUCAGCAUCUUGUCCUGUUCCACUCAUUCCCCUCUCCAGGGCGUAUCCUGCUCAUAUCCCAGUGACCUACUGGUUACCAGUGCUGCACAGUGGUAUUAAGUUUCGUUCCCAAAAGGUCGCUAUUGAAAUGAAAAGAUUACUCAUUAAUUUUUCCACAAUCACACUUUCAUUACAGGCUGGUUAUUAAAUCUUUAGCUCUCUAGCCCAAAGCCUAUCUCGUCUAACCCACUGCAGUCUUUCUGUUUUUUUUAACAAAUUACAGCUGACUUGUUUAUCCGUUUAUCUUUCAUCCAUUCUCACUUUUCACCUUUAAAAUGUAAUUUUUAUUGCUUGUUUCAUAAUUGGUAAACGUUUUAUAUUGUUAUGGUGUAAACUGCCUUGUUUCAAGCACUGAAAUAUGUUAUACAAAUAAGCUUACCUUUCUACUGUAAAUAAAACAAAAUAAGAAAAAAAGGCGUUCGUGUAAAAAAGUAUAUUUUCGAAGGACUUGGAUUUGAGGAAUAAAUUUCAAAAAUUAACAUAUUAAAGGUCACAUUGCCAAGAAAGAAAAUGAAAAACUAAAUUUCUACCAUUCAGCAGCGGAAAAAAAAACUAUUUUCUAAUUGAGUUAAAGGGGCAAGUGUUCUGUAAAAUCUACUUUUUUGUAGAUUUUACAAAAAAGUAAAAUCUACUUUUCUGAUGAGGGAAUAAUAUUAUUCCCUCAUCAGAAACAUAUUUGGAGUGUUGCCUCGAUUCUUUCAUUCAUGGCCAUUAAUCCCCAUGGCAACCAUUCAGCUGUACAAAACACCUGGUUGGACCUAAACCCGCCUACAAACCGCAGCUCCACCUCAGAGCUGCAGUUUCCAAGCUUCGCCCUCCCAUCCUACUUUUCCUCUCAGCUCCUUCAGACUAGCCAGCAGGAAUUAGCAAACAUUUAGUGGAGCUGCUGAGCUUAUUAUGGGAGCUAUUUCUCAGUGUAAUACUGAUUAAAUGUUAUUUAAGGGUUAAGAAAGGAGCCGUGUUAUGAUGACUUCCUAAAGGUGGAAUAUCAGAAAGAACAGAUGUUUUGUCUGAAGUAUUUGCUCUCCUGCCUUCACACACAUAUGAAUGUGAGCGACGACUCCUUCUUAAUCCAUCAGGUUUAUUUCAACCCAAUGGAUUUGUUGUAGAUUCUUCAGAUCAAGAUGUUGCUUUCUACUCUUGAAUCUUGAAUUUUACAGGCCUGUCAGUAUUCAGGUCUGGAAGCUGUGGGGGAACUUCAACCAAAAAAAAUUAGGUCAAUCACAGUCAAUUAAUUUUUCCACAUAGGGCCAGGUUAGUUUAGAUACAUUCUUUUCUUAAUAAAUGAUAUCAAACAUUUAAUAAACUGCAUUUUGCAUUGUCAUAACUUGAAAUAUAGAAAGAAAAACAUCUGAAAAAAAAAAGAAAAUCAAAGUUUUUUCAGCCAGAGGCGUCUUCCAAUUCGCAGUAAAACAGACUGCUACAGCAGGAUCCUUCCUGUGCACAACCAUCAACGUCUACAACUCUUUGAAGAAUCUCAAGUUAAUAAUAUUUAAUUCCCCUUUGGGAGCAAUAAUUACUUUUGAAUUGAAUUGAACAGUUUCAUUUUAAUUCUUAAAAUCCAAAUUUAUUUGUAAAAGAAUCUGAGGAUAAUUUAAAAAAAAACUUCAAGCAGAAAUUUCUUUCAUGGUUUUAUUCUUGUGUAUAUCCUAAUUUUCAGUUUUGACUUUAUUUUCUGAAUAGUGUUUGAAAAGCAUCAGGUUAACCUGAUUGGACCCAUUUGGUUUCCAUCUAGCUUCGUGUGCAAACAGCCAUCACCAGCUGUUAAUCAUUUUUAAGUGCUCUACUGCGUUUUUUCCCCUCCUUUUCAUAAAAAUUUCAAACAGCAGCUGUUUCGGGCCCCAUCAACUCUCAUUUCUUUUAUUCUUUCAGAGAGACUCUGUUUAACGCGCAGUGAAGAAGAGAAACUCUGAGGAUGUAUUACUAUUUGAAAUGCUGAUAAUUUGCUGACAAAAAAAAAAAAGAAUUAAUAAAAUAAACACCUCAGCAGAGUAACAUUUGAAGUAAAGGCAAAUUGCCCCCCAACUCUCCACCGCCACCCCAAACCUCAAAUGUGGGACUUAUUUAUCCCACCGAACGCGGCUUCAUUUCCAUAUAAAUGUAUAUGACCUAUAGGAGGCUUGUUUGUUGCUCAGAUUCGAGGAGAGAAAGCAAACAAAAAUCUCAUUUCUUAGAAGGAUUCUCCGUGGCAGAGUGAGCGGGCGGCCAUUACGGUGCCUGGUUAGGUAUUCCUCGCUCGUCUCAAUAUCAGAUUUCGCAGGCUGCUGUCUCAGAUAAUGGUGUGUGUGAAUAUGUGUGUGUGUGUGUGUGUGUGUGUGUGUGUGUGUGUGUGUGUGUGUGUGUGUGUGUGUGUGUGUGUGUGUGUGCAUGUGCAUGUGUGUUUUCCUGUCAAGGCUUUCAUAAUACUGACUUGUGACAGCCGUCAUUGUCUUUCUACUUUACUCUCUCAGGUGCCACCUUGGAGCUUUUUCAUGACAGAAAGCCAAAAUGGCUCAUUCCCUCCAGCAGAUGGAGGAUGCUCUGCUGGCUAGAAUGGAACCUGAGUAAUGAAUGAAUGAAUGAUAAGGUGUUUGGUUUUUUUUAGGACUGAGUGAGAUUUUUUUCUGCAUGUAGUAAAUAGCUACUGUACCAUGAAAUGAAGAUUUCUUCUGUUUUGCUGAACAACCAGCUCACUCUGGUGUUCUCUCCUAUCUUUUGCUGUCGCCGUUUUUGCGGACUAGCGAAAUGCAGCAUUAUACCUGGUGCCUCCAAUCAACUCAAAUCAGAAGUUUCCAGUCCUGACGUCAUCAUCUGGGCUUUCCUUUGUUGUUUAAAGAGGUGGCAAUCACUCUCAGUCACAGCUGUGGUCAUGAGGUUGCUGUGGAAGUCCGUGGACAAGAUGAGGUGUUUGAGAAAACGAUCCACGCUCCCCGUCCUCACCUUCCUGCUCACCGCGCUGCUCUUUUUCAACCUUUACAUGAAUGAUGGUUACGUCCUGGAAGGUGAAAAGAGACAGCUGGGGGAGACGUUGAUUCAUCCUUCAAGCUCUGACAGAUAUGUGCACACAUUCAAAGAUUUGUCCAAUUUCUCUGGGAGUAUCAAUGUGACGUAUCGCUACCUUGCCGGAAUUCCACUUUCAAGAAAAAAGUAUCUUACCAUUGGGUUGGCAUCUGUCAAGAGAAAAAAGGGAAGCUACCUGCUGGAGACGAUCAAAUCCAUCUUUGACCAGUCCAGCUACGAGGAGCUGAAAGAGAUUGUGGUUGUGGUCCAUCUGGCAGACUUUGACUUGAUCUGGUGUGAGAAUGUGGUGCAGGAAAUCACCAGAAAGUUCGCUCACCACAUCAUAGCCGGCCGCCUCCUGGUCAUCCAGGCCCCAGAGGAGUUCUACCCUUCUCUGGACGGCUUGAAGAGGAACUACAACGACCCAGAGGACAGAGUCCGUUUCCGCUCCAAGCAGAACGUCGACUACGCUUUCCUCCUGAACUUCUGCACGAACCUGUCGCACUUCUACAUGAUGCUGGAGGAUGACGUGCGCUGCUCCCGGAACUUCCUGACGGCGCUGAAGAAGGUGAUAACCUCCAGAGAAGGCUCCUACUGGGUGAUGAUGGAGUUCUCCAAGCUGGGCUACAUCGGGAAGCUGUACCACUCCAGAGACCUACCCCGACUGGCUCACUUCCUUCUCAUGUUCUACCAGGAAAUGCCUUGCGAUUGGCUCCUCAUCCACUUCCGGGGCCUACUGGCUCAAAAGGACGUGAUCCGCUUCAAGCCCUCGCUGUUCCAGCACAUGGGCUACUACUCGUCCUACAAAGGUGUGGAGAACAAACUGAAGGACGACGACUUUGAGGAAGACUCCAUAGACAUCCCAGACAACCCCCCGGCCGGCAUUUACACCAACAUAAACGUCUUUGAGAACUACGAUGCCACCAAGGCGUACAGCAGUAUAGUUGAUGAGUAUUUCUGGGGGAAACCUCCCUGCACCGGAGACUUUUUCAUCAUAAUCUUCAACAAAUCAACAAAAAUUAGCAGAAUCAAAAUAGUGACAGGGACGGAGGAUCGGCAAAACGACAUCCUUCACCACGGAGCUCUGGAAGUAGGCCAGAAGUCUGUGGAGACCAAACAGGGAAGACAGUGUACAKCCUACAUCACAUUAGGAGAGUUUAAAGUGGGAAACAUUGAGAUUAAUGAUGUGGACCACAAGAUUGGCUUUGACAUCGAAUGUGUCAGAAUAGUUGUCACGGCUAGUCAGAAAGAAUGGCUCAUCAUCAGAACUAUCAGCCUCUGGACCACACCGCCUGUUGGUCAGUUAAAGUAGGGACGUUGAGGUCAUUCUGUACUUUUUAGUUUGAUACAAGUUCAUUUUGGACUUUUACUGUGCUGUAAAUUUAAACCAAUCCAUAUUUUCAUGGGUUGCUUAAAGAUUUGUAUAUUUUCAUUGUGAUGCAUCAACAACAGAACUGCUGUGUACAUAAGGUCAUUUGUAAUACAAUGUUCAUUUUCUGAGGAUCUAUUUAUAAAAAAUAUUUACACAUUGCUGGAACUGUCUGGCUUUUUUUUAAGUCUUGCUAGUAAUUUUAAGUUAGAUCAUAGAUCUUUAAGUUCUCAAAAGUGUAAGACCUUACUUUAAAGAACAGUUAUUUCCCAAAGUUAAAGGUUUUUUCAGCGUUUGCUUUGUCCUUUACUGCCAUCUGGUGGUACAUUACAAAACUCAGAGAUACUUUUUAA